GUGAGAGAGGCUGAAGGGACUUUAGGUAUAGCAGUCGUAUCCUAGCCCGUCUCACCUCGAAAGUACAUCUUACUGUUGUCAAAAUGGACAAUACAUUGAACAUCUCCUUGUCAUCUGCUGACACUCUUCUUAACAGCACAAUUGGCGGCGUGGGGUUCGAUGGCUCCCUACACGCCAUGAGAUGUCCAUAUGGUACCAUGGGGAAUUCUACUAGGCUGGAUGGAAACCAGUCCUACCUGUGCAACCGGCCAGAUACCUACAGCGAGGACACCAACUCUAUCAUCAUAGCAAUUAUCAUCACAGCUCUCUACUCUAUGAUCUGCGUGGUUGGGCUUUUCGGAAAUGUCCUGGUCAUGUAUGUUAUCGUCAGGUACACCAAAAUGAAGACCGCCACAAACAUCUACAUUUUUAAUCUUGCCCUGGCAGAUGCCCUUGCAACAAGCACUCUACCAUUUCAGAGUGUUAAUUAUCUUAUGGGAACAUGGCCAUUUGGUAAUAUUGUAUGUAAAAUUGUAAUAUCCAUAGACUAUUAUAACAUGUUUACAAGCAUAUUCACCCUUACCACAAUGAGUGUAGACCGGUAUAUAGCUGUUUGCCAUCCUGUUAAAGCGCUUGACUUCAGAACACCGAGAAAUGCCAAGAUUGUUAAUGUUUGCAACUGGAUUCUUUCAUCUGCUAUUGGUUUGCCAGUGAUGUUCAUGGCAACUACGAAAACUGAAAGAGGAUCUACCGACUGCGCUCUGCUAUUUCCACAUCCUUCAUGGUACUGGGACAAUCUCCUGAAAAUAUGUGUUUUCAUAUUUGCAUUUAUAAUGCCAGUGCUGAUCAUAACAGUAUGCUACGGGAUGAUGAUUCUACGACUCAAAAGUGUUCGUAUGCUGUCUGGAUCCAAGGAAAAGGACAGAAACCUAAGAAGAAUCACACGGAUGGUUCUUGUUGUUGUUGCAGUGUUUAUUGUCUGUUGGACUCCUAUUCACAUUUACGUUAUCAUCAAAGCUUUGAUCAAUGUCCCUCCUUCUCUCUUUCAGACAGUGACCUGGCAUGUAUGUAUUGCUUUAGGUUACACCAAUAGCUGUCUUAAUCCAGUCCUCUAUGCCUUUCUUGAUGAAAACUUCAAGAGAUGCUUCAGAGAAUUUUGCAUCCCUACUUCUUCAAAUAUCGAGCAACAGAACUCUACCCGUAUGCGUCACAACACACGUGACCAUGUGUCCACUGCCAAUACUGUGGAUAGGACUAACCAUCAGGUAUGACUAGCAGUGGAAAUGUCAUGUCUGGAUUCAGGGGUUCCUGCAAGAGAUGACAUGACAUCAGAAGUUACUCAAAUAACCACAGGGCUAUAAUUCUCUGUUGGAAUUUGGAACACGGAAAAUGGUUCUGUUUGUGCAUAGCAAAAAGUAUGCUACAGCACAAACUGGAGAGGAAAAUAUUGGUGUUCAGGGUUGACAGGUUAUUAAAGAUAGCAAUUUGCGUUGGCUUUUACUCAUAUAAUAAGAGUUUGUACAAUUGUAAAUAAUCACUAAUUUGAAGAGCCAUAUGGCAAUGUGUACAUAAUGUGUACAUAAUGUUAUCCUGGUUGAACCUGAAACAACAUUGUUUUAAGAAAAAGAAGUGAAAAUGUUAAAGCUGUAAAAGUAUUCUGAAGGAAUUAUGAGAAAUAAGGUUAUAUAUUAUUAACUGAACAAGGUAUCUUAGUUGUACUUACUCUCUAUUGGAGACCAGAGGUGGACUGUAAAUAAGAUUACAAUUAUUUCUAUAACCUGUUAUUUCUGCCCUAAACUGUAUAUAGGUUCAUAAUUGCCUUUCUCUUUCAUAAUAAACCUACAGGAAAUAUUGAGAAGUGAUA